AUGAUUUUCAAAAGCAGGGAAGAGUUCAAACACCACAUGGCCAAGUAUGCGAUCAAAAAUAAAUUCUGGUUUCGUAACUCAAGGUCUUCUCCAGAUGGGAUGGUCUUACGAUGCUUUAGUAGCACUUGUAACUGGCGUGUAUACGCCAAAAGGAUGAAAAACGUAACUUCCUACGAAAUUCGAAGAGUUGACUUGCAACACACGUGUUCUGUUGAUUCACGUGCUGGGUAUCAAAGCCAAGCUACACAUUCGGUCAUUGGGGAGAUGAUGAAAGCCAUGUUUGGCAGUAGUGGCGCUGGAUCUCGUCCUGAAGAAAUAAGACAGGUCAUGCAAGGUGACCACAAUGUCCGUAUUUCAUAUUGGAAAGCUUGGAGAUCUAGACAAAUUGCUCUGGACUUUGCUAAAGGAUAUUCUGGCGCUUCUUUCAACCUGAUUCCAGACUACCUGAAGCAGUUGGUUCAAGCAAAUCCAGGGACGAAGACAGCUUUACAUACGGAAUUUGAGGAUGGAGUUGGCCAAAGAUUCAAGUACUUGUUCAUUUCGAUUGGAGCAUGCAUUGAAGGGUAUAGGUAUCUAAGGAAAGUUGUAAUCGUUGACGGAUCACAUCUCCGGGGAAAAUACGCUGGAUGCCUUUUGUCCGCGUGCGCUCAAGAUGGAAACUACCAAGUUUAUCCAUUAGCUAUUGCGAUCGUCGAUGGCGAGAACGACAAGGCAUGA